AUGGAGAAUUUCAAAUAUGGUUACUUUGAUACCAGCAAUCGACCACCACCAAUUCAAGUAAAACACCUUCAAAAUGGUCACAUUGUUGCCACAGCUUCUCAAAAGUUGUGCAUUUUUAAACUAUUUCCGAUAAUCUAUUACGACAUUAUUCAUCAUUUACCAUCAUUUAUCGUCUAUAAAAUUCUACGUGAAAUCUUAGAUUUAGUUUUAUCGUACCCAUUCAGAAAGCAAUGGUUACCUGUGCUUGGAGAUUUGUGUGAUUCACUUCAUCAAAUGAUGCUAAUACAUUUUCCGAACAAAAUUGUACCAAAAUUACAUUUUGUUCGUGAAUAUGAACGAAUAACACAUGAUUAUGGUCCAGCAAUUAAGCAAUGGUGUUUUAGAUAUGAAGCAUGCCACUUGUAUUUUAAAAAGAUCACGAUAAGAACAAAUAAUUUUAAAAACACGCCAAAAAUGCUUGUAACCCGUUAUCGUCUUAAACAAUGCUUCAAAUUUGCAAGUUUAUCUCGUAUUAAAACUUUCGAUUAUGCCGUAGGAAUUAAAAAAAUUCGAAGCACAUGUUUUAAUAUGUCGAUGAAAAACGUGUUGCUAAAUCAUUUUGGUCGUAUUGAUCUUGACGAAGAUUUAAAUCAAUGUAAAAAAUUGAUUCAUGAAAAUAUUGAAUAUUCUCGAUCAGCUGUAUAUGUAAUCAACAUAAAACCUUUUAAUGAACAACCAAUUUUCGCUCAAAUUAUUUCUAUUAUCAAAAUGGAAGAGAAGUGGUGGUUGUUGGCGGAUAUGCUUGAUACUAUUUCGUACGAUGAAGAAUUAUUCGCAUGGGAAAUCAUAUCGGUUGAUCGUUAUUGUAUUCUUGAUCCAUGUCAAUUGAAAUAUUAUUAUAAAGGAUUAGAUAUUUACCAUGUGAACAACUCCAGUUUUGUUUCUUUUAUCACUCGCCUCACGUCAUAUUAA